UACAUUAACAUUUGCUAAAAACAGUAAUUAUGAUUAGUGACGAAGGUUUGGAAGGUUUUUUCACGAACAUGCUUGUUGUGCAAGUAUUACUUUCAUUGACUACGUUUUGUGUUUUGUGUCUUCCAAAUUAUUCAUGUGGUGAACGUAUAAGGAGGAAGUACCUUCAAUCAGUGUCUAUUCAUUCAAUGGAAAUAAUUAAUUGAAGUGUUUCCAAGUGUGUGUGUCGGUGUGUUGAUGUGUGUGUGUAUUUUAUUAUGAGAUUACUCUCACAAGGAAGUGUAAUAAACUCUGUGAUUUAAUUCGGUUUCAAAAGGACUAAGGACUAAGGAAAGUCUGAAGAGAGGAGCAAAAGGACUUUUAGGGAAUUACUCUAAAAGGAUUCAAAAUGUCAGGAACAGAUUCAAAUCCUGCCUAUAAGCAGAGCCGGAGUAUGUCGAUAUGUGCUCCAGGCUCCUCUAUGGAGGCGGUUCUUACAGCGCCUUCGGGUUCGAACACACCCGAAGGUUCCAGCACACCUAACAGAAGGCGCAGGCCCGCAACUCGCACCCAAAGUGCCCGAAUGACGGGACCCCGUUCAGUAAGGCGAAAACAGCAAUCCUCACAUCAAUUGCAGGAGCCCCUUCAGAGGAACCUCUAUAGCAGCGAGCCGAGGCUCACAGAAACCGAGACUCCUCCUCAAAGACGAAGGGGCUCUACUAGAAGGGUCCAGCACGGUUAUGGAUACCCAGCAACCCAAAGAAAAUCAGCAGCAUUUCUGGACGUACCAGGAGCUGGUGGAGGUGGAGAGGAAGAUGAGGACAAUUAUAGGCUGAGGUCGUUUAGUAUCACCAAAGGAGGUGUUGUAAAUCGUGGCGACUCCUUCCGAAGAAGGCGCUCCCGCAGCAACAGCCUGGUGCCCCCAACUUUGGCGGCAGAGGCGGCAGUCAAGGGCGUCCCUACGCCCCGUGAAUACACCUCAUAUUCCGUGGCAGUCCUGGGGGCACCCGGUGUCGGUAAAACGGCCCUUAUAAAUCAAUUCAAAACCUCCGAAUGCAUAAACGCUUACGACGGACAAAAUGAGGUAGGAGAGGAUCAGACUGUUUCAAUAAUGCUGAACGGAGAAGAAAGUGAAUUGAAAUUUAUAAAUAUCACUAGACCAAAGGAACAAAUAACAGCGCAAAACUCCCCCGAUGCAUUUCUGGUCAUGUAUUCAGUCGUAGACAAAUCAUCGUUCUCUAGAGCCGAAGCCGAGUUGACCAGACUGAUGGACCUGGCUCUGCUCAGGACCAGACCGGCGCUUCUGGUCGGCAACAAAAUCGAUUUGGCGAGGAGUAGAGCCGUUUCUGCACAAGACGGAAGGUGCCUGGCUUGCACGUACCGUGCGAAGUUCGUCGAGGUGUCUGUCGCCAUCAACCACAACGUCGACGAGCUGUUGGUAGGCAUACUCAACCAGAUCAGGCUGAAAUUGGAACAUUGCGCGUUGCAGGGUUCUCGUGAGGGUUCCCCAGCCCACUGGUACAAAUCCAGAGGAGUUAUUCGCGCCAGCAUGAAGGCUCGCCAAGUGCUGACCUGGAUCCUGGGCAAGGAGGACAGCAAAUUCAAAAAUUGCGAGAAUUUGCACGAACUCUGAAGCUCAGGGAACACGAACUUCCAACAUCAUCAUCAACGACAGCAGCAGAAACAUCAUCAUCAGCAGCAAAAGAGCCGAAGCAGGGGAUUACUGGAUGCCCUCAAAUCUAAUAAAGAAGUGCCGGAGGCGACGGAUGUUUGAAGUUCGGAGAAAGGACGAUGCAAAUUGGGUGAUGUAUGAUGGUAAUAAGGAGACACUGAAUGGGAAAUGUUAUUGAAUUAAAUUUUAAUUAUGUUUUGUAUCACCCAAACUUACUUGCCAAUUUAGAGACAAUACUUACUACCA